AUUUGAAAAAUGACUGGUCGUGGUAAAGGAGGAAAAGGUUUGGGAAAAGGAGGAGCAAAACGUCAUCGUAAAGUUCUUCGUGAUAACAUCCAGGGAAUUACCAAACCGGCGAUCCGUCGUCUGGCUCGUCGUGGUGGAGUCAAGCGAAUCUCUGGACUGAUCUACGAGGAAACUCGUGGAGUUCUCAAGGUCUUUCUGGAAAACGUGAUCCGUGACGCCGUCACCUACACCGAGCAUGCCAAGCGUAAGACCGUCACCGCCAUGGACGUGGUCUACGCUCUGAAACGUCAAGGCCGUACUCUUUACGGUUUUGGAGGUUAAUUUUAUCACUCGACUCUGCAAAAUUUAAACUAAACGGCCCUUUUCAGGGCCACCAAAUUUUUUACACGUGAAAAAUCAAUCAAGUUAUUGUUUUAAAUCCUCUUAUAUUCUAGUUUAAUGAAAAUUAGAAAUUAAUUUCGUUUCUUUAAUUUUAUAAUCACGAUCCGAUUACUCAGUCCUGGUGGACGGAGAAAAAAAUAUUGU